CUGGCCCCCCCUGGUGGAGCCGGUCAGUCAAUGCAGCCUGAAACGUCAUCAACAGAAGACGCGCUGCCUCCAAAAAACCACAAGCAACAAUGCUUUUCUACUCGUUUUUCAAGUCGCUGGUGGGGAAGGACGUGGUGGUGGAGCUCAAAAACGACCUGAGCAUCUGUGGAACGCUUCACUCUGUUGACCAGUACCUGAACAUCAAGUUGACAGACAUCAGCGUCACAGAUCCAGAGAAAUAUCCACAUAUGCUGUCGGUGAAAAACUGCUUCAUCCGUGGAUCGGUGGUCCGGUACGUCCAGCUGCCGGCCGACGAGGUGGACACGCAGCUGCUCCAAGACGCAGCGCGAAAAGAAGCCAUGCAGCAGAAGCAGUGAUGGGGUCGUGAGGAUGGGAUGGGGAUCGGGAUGGGGAGGGGUUUGAGAUACAAUGACUUUACGUUUUCUAAUAACUAUUUAAAGAUGGCAGUUUGAUUUACUUCAACAACAAAAAAAGUACUUUAUUUUUAUUUUAUUUUUUUUUUUGUGCAUUCCUGAUUAUGGAGAUUUGCAGAGCAGGGUUGGUUGUCUCAAACUCGCAGGACGUUUAGCCAGUCUUUUAGUGAGUUCAAACAACAGAGGACUGUGUUUGUGUUGACCGUGCUGGUUUAAAAUUUAAAAAAGUCUUUUUCUCUCUUUUUCUUCUCCUGCCUUUUCACCUCUACUUGUAGCUUUUUUUUUUAAUUGUUUUUGGAGAAAUACUUUGAUGUGUCAACAUCAACUAUGACCGUGGAAGAAGUCAUUUUGUAAUUAUGUGUAUUUUUUUGGAAAUAAAGCUAAAAUUUCAUUA